UCCACAAUUAUCAUCAGUAAUACAACAAACUUCAAACACAACAAACCAAAUCAAGAUGCGUCUAUCACUUUUGGCACUUUUCGGUCUACUCUGCCUGGCCUAUGCAAUGGCUGAGGAGGAAGUGUCCGCUGAUGAGCCUGUGAGCCUGUGGGAAUUCGCCGAUCAAGAUGGCCAUGCCAACGAGGGUGAUCGUGAUGUUCGCCAAUGGGGCGGUCGCGGUUGGGGUCGCGGUGGAGGCGCCGGUUGGGGUCAUCGCGGUGGCGGCGGCGGUUGGGGUCGCGGUGGAGGCGGCAGUUGGGGUCAUCGCGGUGGCGGCUGGGGCGGUCGCGGCGGUUGGGGUCGUCAUUGGUAAACUCCCAAUACACCCGAAUCACUUUCAAUAAUUCCCAAAUUUUGUUCGUGUAAAUAAAGAACAUUCGAAAAAGUAAA